AGCGAGCCCGGGAUUACCUGCACAAGACUGGACGCUUCAUCGUCAUUGGUGGCAUUGUCUCACCCGUGCACGACUCCUACGGGAAGACGGGUCUGGUCUCAAGCCGUCACCGCCUGACCAUGUGCCAACUGGCUGUCCAGUCCUCUGACUGGAUCAGGGUGGACCCCUGGGAGUGCUACCAGGACACUUGGCAGACCACCUGCAGCGUGCUGGAGCACCACCGUGACCUGAUGAAGAGAGUGACUGGCUGCAUCCUCUCCAACGUCAACACACCCUCCAUCACCCCUGUGAUCGGCCAGCCCCAGAACGAGUCCUCGCAGACCAUCUACCAGAACAACAAUAUCUCCAACAAGCCUACUGCAGCAAAGAUCCUGGGGAAGGUGGGAGAAAGCCUGAGCCGGAUUUGCUGCGUUCGCCCACCCAUGGAGCGCUUCACCUUUGUGGAUGAAAAUGCCAACUUGGGGACAGUGAUGAGAUAUGAGGAGAUUGAGCUUCGCAUCUUACUGCUCUGUGGCAGUGACCUGCUGGAGUCCUUCUGCAUCCCUGGCCUUUGGAAUGAGGCAGACAUGGAGGUGAUUGUCGGGGAGUUUGGGAUUGUGGUGGUGCCCCGAGAUGGAGCAGACCCUGACCGGAUCAUGAAUCACUCCUCCAUACUCCGCAAAUACAAAAACAACAUCCUGGUGGUGAAGGACGACUCAAACCACCCCAUGUCGGUUGUCAGCUCCACCAAAAGCAGACUGGCCCUGCAGCAUGGGGACGGACACGUCGUGGAUUACCUCUGCCAGCCCGUCAUUGACUACAUCCUCAAGAGCCAGCUCUACAUCAACGCCUCUGGCUAAGCGCCAGAGGUCUUGCAGCAAGACAGCCCUCAUGUCCAGCCUGCCUACAGUUCUCCAUCACUCUUUUCUCUCUCUCUCAGUCCGUGUCUCCAUCUUUCUCCCCACCUCAUGGCCUCCUACCCGCGUCUGCCUCUCACCCCCGGCACCAAUGCUCCUUCAUGCAGCCAUGUCCAGGGAA